AUGGAUGACCUACUAGACCACGUCGGCAAGAUUCAGGCCACACAACAGAAAAUGCAAAAGGGCGUCGGCAAUGGUCUUGACAAUCUCUCAAAGCUACUUGAACAAGCCAAAGAAGCGAUCGCUACCGAUCCAUCCAGCACAACGCAAGCGCUUCAACGGUUGCAGCAGAAUGCCAACAAGCUAUAUCAAAAAGAGGGUGAUGGUGGCAAGCAAGGUGAUGAUGAUAAAGCCGGCAAGGAUAAGGAAUUCUACAAGAUCCAACGCAAGUUUCAUGGUGCUGUCAACAAGUUCUCAAAGGAUAUCGAUAGGCGAUUUACGCACGAUUUGUCUGUGAUAUCGAAUCCAUCGGCAUUUGCUGGCAAAGAAAAUCUCAUGCGGCGGGCACUGGCUAUCCAUUUUAUCCGUCAAGGCCAAUUCGAAUUAUGUGAUGCGUUCAUGGCCGAAGCAGGCAUUGAUGAGGAAGAUGAGUUACGAUUGACAACAGAGCUGCUCAAAAAAGAAUUCCAUCGCAUGUAUUCCAUACUCCAGUCUUUGGAUGAAGGGCAAGAGUUAACAGAGGCGAUACAGUGGGCACAAGCACAUCAUGAAGAACUCAAGAAGCUUGGAAGCAAUCUCGAAUUUGAUCUGCAUCGUUUACGUUUCAUUCAACUAUUACGAGAACAACGACAAAUGGAAGCGCUUGCUUAUGGUCAAAAGCACUUUUUCCUCUUUGCUGAUAAGCACAUGACAGAAAUCAAGCGUAUGAUGACAUCCAUUAUAUACUAUCGAGAUCUUACGACAUCCCCAUACGCCGAUCUAUGUUCGCCAACAUUGUGGAUUGAGAUACGUCAGGAGUUUCAACGUGAUUUUUGUUCAUUGUUGAGCAUGAGUGCUGAAAGUCCGCUUUAUGCCAGUGUAUUGGUGGGCACGACAGCACUUCCUGUUAUCCUCAAGCUGUACAAGAUUGUGAGUGCUACAAAGACCGAAUGGAGUCAACAAGAUGAAUUACCCGUUGAGCUGCCACUUUCAGAUGAUCUUCGUUUCCAUUCAAUCUUUGCUUGUCCCGUUAGCAAGGAGCAGGCCACAGAUGAAAAUCCACCGAUGAUGAUGCCAUGUGGACAUGUUAUUUGUCGAGAAAGUUUGAUGCGUUUAAGUAGGAGUAGCAACAGCCGUUAUGGAAGAAAUUCAAUGCGAUUCAAGUGUCCAUAUUGUCCAUCCGAGUCCUCGGCCGAUCAAGCAAUACAAGUCUACUUUUAG